CCUUAAUGAAGUCAAGCUAAAUAAAUGUCCUUCCAUCAAUCCUGUCUUCACCAACCAUGUCUACUUUUGUGCCUGUCAACCCAACACCAUUCCUUCAUGGACUCACAGGAAAGCCCGUUAUGGUCAAAUUGAAGUGGGGACAGGAAUACAAAGGAUUUUUGGUCUCAGUUGAUUCAUACAUGAACUUGCAGCUUGCAAACACAGAAGAAUUUGUAGACGGGACUUCAGCUGGAACAUUGGGAGAGGUUCUGAUCCGAUGCAACAAUGUCCUUUAUAUACGAGGUAUCGAUGAGGAAUAAGCUAAUUUGAUAAAAGAUCCGAUACGCCGCCUGGUCGAACCGCUUUGUUAUAGCGAGGACAAAUGAACGCCAUAUAAUAAAAAAAAAAAGUUCCUAAGUCUAAUAUGAGCUAGAAAUAUCUCCUAUCAAG